CACAGCGAAAGCCCCUUCGCCCCUCCCUCGAACAAAAUUUCCCUUGCGAACGAAGCAUCGGCGCUGUAGAGCGAAGCCGCUUCGAAGAAGCCGAAGAAGACGAAGCGAGCUCCGGCGAUUUUGCCGCCGCACUUCUCGCCGGAGACGCCGCCGCCGGCGACGACGACGCGAUGAGGCCCCCGAUGAGGGCGAUCAACAUCAACGCCUGCGCGCGACCCGUGGAGGUCGACCACCGCAUCUCCCUCCACUACUACUAUCGCAUCGCCGAUAAUCUCCUCAAACAGGCCAGUAUUUAUCGCGAGGAGAAGAAUCUCAUUGACUUGUAUAUCAUACUUCUGCGUUUUUCGAGUUUGAUGUGCGAGACGAUACCUUCCCAUCGUGAUUACCAGGCUUUCAAUCUAAAAGAAAAGGCCAUUUUCAAGAAGAAACUAUGGGAUGUCAUCAAUGAGCUAGAAAAACUAAAGCCAGAAGUUCAACGUCAAGUAGAUGAACUCAACAAAGUGCAUAGCUUUCAAUCUGAUGGUCCAGAAGGAACCUACAGCUUGUCUCCUGUAACGAAGCAGAUCUUUCCGGGCCCCCAAGUGGAACAGAUACGUACUGGAAGUAUGUCUGCACUCUCGCAGAAGCCAUCAAGUGGGCGAAGUCACGUUGUGCCGUUGGACCAUGUACAGCCUGAGAGACAAUUUCAGAAACUAUCUAUCAGUCUGCCUUAUCCAAAAGAAGAAACCCUAUCAAGACACUCCAUAUUGGGGCCCAAUGGUCUACAAGGGCAAUGGAGAGGACCCGUGACUGGUAUUAGGGUUCAGUACCCCAGCAGUGCUGACAUGACCCAAAAUGAGAUUUCAGGCUUACUCCCCGAUAGCUUGAACCAGGAUGUCCAGCGUAGUUCCAGUGCAGUUGAUCAAAAUGAGCUUGAAAAGAAUAGUUAUGAUAUGGAAUCAGUUCUAUCUCUUGAUGAUGGUAGAUGGUCUACUCCAUUAGAAGAACCUCAUUCUUUGUCUGCCAGUGUUGUACUAGAGGAACCUCCCCCGUUGAGCAUCAAGCAGCUAUCUCCUCCACCUGUUCUGGCCCAGGUUCAGCCUGAGUACAAAGCGAUUCCCCCAUCAAAAGUAGCAGAUCCAAGACCAGGGCCAGCUAUGUCUGACUCUGGGCAGUUCCAAGAUUUACAUGUUCCUGUGAAGGUACUGGAAUGUUUUCUGAGGGUUGCAGAGGUGAAUACUGCAAAAAAUUUGGAAACAUGCGGCGUUCUUGCAGGUUCAUUGAAAAACAGAAUAUUUUAUGUGACGACACUAAUAAUUCCGAAGCAGAAGUCAACAUCCGAUUCUUGCCAAGCUACAAAUGAAGAAGAAAUAUUUGAAGUUCAAGACAAGCAUUCACUUUUUACCCUUGGGUGGAUUCAUACGCAUCCAACACAGACAUGCUUCAUGUCAUCAAUUGAUCUCCACAAUCAUUAUUCAUAUCAGGUUAUGUUACCAGAAGCAAUUGCGAUUGUUAUGGCUCCAACUGACACAUCCAGGAAACACGGUAUAUUCCAUCUAACGGAUCCUGGCGGUAUGUCGGUGAUGCAUAACUGCCACGAGACGGGGUUUCAUCCUCAUGAGGAGCCAGCCGACGGCAGCCCGAUCUAUGAGCAUUGUUCCCACGUCUACAUGAACCCGAAUGUGAAAUUCGAUGUUGUCGACCUCCGUAACCUGUGACUAACCUGACAGACCUCAAUAACACAUGAUCUGUUAUACAGCUGAGUUUGUUUAUAUGUCAUUUUAUGGUGCUCCGAAGAACUGUGGCUGCGAAAGUCAAGCAUUUGUGUAUAAUUCCUGUUGCAUCCAAUGUGUUUUCCUCUCUGAUGCUCUUUUGACUUAAUAGGAAAAACACACAUGGUAAGUAUACGAAAACUAGCCAUCUUUGCUCUCAAUGUUUUUUUUGUACAGAUGGAUUUUGAGUUAUUUUGUUAUUUGAAAGAGCAUAUGGAAUGUCA